AUGGCCAAGACUAGGAGGAUCUGCCACCUUCUGUUAAGGUUCUUGGCCUUUGCAGCAACCCUUGCAGCAGUUAUUGUCAUGACCACUAGCCAUGAGAGAUCUAGCUUCCUCACACUGUCCUUUGAAGCAAAUUACACUAAUUCCCCUGCCUUCAAGUACUUUGUGAUUGCAAACUCUGUUGUCACUGUGUAUGGAUUUUUUGUCCUCUUUCUUCCUGCAAAAAGCUUGCUCUGGCGAUUAGUGGUCGCUUUGGAUUUGGUGUUCACCAUGUUACUCAUCUCGAGCUUCUCUGCAGCUUUGGCUAUAGCACAAGUGGGAAAGAAUGGAAACAGUUAUGCAGCUUGGUUACCAAUCUGUGAUUCAGUGCCCAAAUUUUGUAAUGAAGUGACAGGAGCUUUAAUUGCUGGUUUCGCUGGAGUGAUUAUAUACAUGAUUCUUCUGAUGCAUUCCAUUCAUAGUGUGAUAGACCCUCUCCUAUUGACAAAAAAUUGA